GAUGUUCCGCGGAGGGUCCCGGUGCUAGCUACACCCCCUCUACCGGCUUUUGAAGGUAGGUUGUUUCCAUCAGCAUCAUUGGGUUUGCCUUACUCUGUUCGGGAGCCCUCAACUUCUGAACUUACAAGAGAGAGUAACCGUAAGCUUAUAUACUACCUAUGCUUGCUUAUUGAAAAAAAUUAUGGGAUUAACGAAAAUAGAAUAUGA